UUGGCCACUAUGAGAUUUAAAAAAAAAUGGCUGCCUCCAUGACAUAAUCGUGUUCCCGGUGUGCUUUCGUUCAAAAUGAGCUGUUUUCACUCUAAACAGCUGAUCCUCCCGUCCAGAGCAGCGUUGCUUGGACGACAGAUUCAACACGUAAUAAGAAAGCAGCUUCUUUGUUCUCAAAACAAGGACCAAACCCCGCUAUCAUUCGAUGCAAUCCUCAAUCAGAGGAGAAAGGAGUCAUCUGCAAGCAUACUUGUAGAAGUGGAAAAUCGACACAAAAUCACGGAGCUUUGUCAAGAAUGUUCACGGUACGGGAACAUUCGGAAGGCAUACUAUUAUGCGGACAACUCUCACAAAUGUCAGGUGCUUUUAGAAUUCAGCCACUCGGACGAGGUGCAAGAGCUAUUACAAAGUUGUGGUCACGUGUCGUCUGAUGGCUUCCCUGUGCGGACAAGACUGUUGAAAUUUGCGCCGAAAAAGGCGACGAGACCAAUAAAAAAAUCUUUCUCUGUUACUAUAGAAGCCUCUCCAAACACUACACCUCAGACUCAAGCAAUAAAAUUGAUUCAAAGCAGCACGAUCGCUGAACAGAUGACACAGUUUUACGAGAUGGAAAAGCUAAGCGACCUGGAGACACGGCUCGGGUUUAUAGUCUGCAGACAAGUUGAAGAGUUUAUAAGUGGACUAUAUCCGAAGGGGCAGGUCUUGCCAUUUGGCUCCCUUGUCAAUGGUUUUGGCAGGCAUAACUGUGACAUUGAUAUGGUCUACUGUGUUCCAGAAGCCACGGAGUCGAGUGGGCAACUGUACUUCCAAGACAAGAACCAGGCAAUGAAUGAUCGGACAUUGGUGCAACGAGUACUUGAAACGCUUGGAGACCUGCUCCAUUAUGUUGUGCCUGGCGUGUCUGAGGUGCAGCGCAUCCUCAGGGCCCGUGUGCCUAUUGUCAAGUUCCAGCACAACGUUGUGGGCAGAGAGUGCGACCUCACUCUGAACAACAUGUCUGGAGUGCAUAUGUCCCGACUUCUGCACUCGUGCACCCAGCUGGCACCUGCUCUCUGCCCUCUGCUGUUCACAGUUCGGAGCUGGGCAAUGGCCCAAGGUGUCACAACCAAGGUCCCUGGCACAUGGAUCACAAAUUUCCAGUUGACACUGUUGGCCAUUUUCCAUCUGCAGCAGUGUGGCCUCCUACCAUCGCUUAGAGACCUUGAAGACAAAAAGCGUCUCAAGACAUGGCAAAAGUCAAGAUUACCACAUGAGAAAGCGGAAGAACUUGAAGACCUCUUGAGGAGCUUUUUUGAGUACUACGCAUCGUUCAACUUUAAGAGCAAAGGCAUUGCACCGUUCUCUGGACAGACCCUAGAGAAGCCCGAGUAUACUGCCAUGUUUGUGCAAAACCCACUUGACCGGCAGCUGAAUGCCAGUCGCAACAUUGGAUUGAGUGACCUGAAGAAGCUGCAGGGCCGCAUGGCUGAUGCCCUUUCUCUCAUGGAUAAUGCUCCACGCAAAAUAACCAUGGAGAAGCCAUGGGGCAUCAUGGCACUGUUCACUGCCCAGACAGCUGCUGCGAGGAAGCAGCAAGAUGCAAUGCACAGACGUUUUCAAGUGCAUGAGCUUUUCCAGGAGGGCAAGGAAGCGGGUGAAAAUUACGUGAUAGAAGCCACCGUGACUGGCGUUAAGACCACAAGCUAACACCUGCGAGAGGGUUGGAAACAUUGAAUGCAGUUUCUUUUUGUGCAAAAGAACUCAUGUAGAAAA